UUUUWUUUUUACUUUUCUAGUGCUUCGAAUCAUCGCCAAUCUUUCCCCCGUUUAGUUUGAUCUGGAGCGAAAUCCCUAAAUCUCAAUCGUUCUUCGCUUUAGAAUCGCUGUGCUGCCUUUCGAUUGUGUGAAUUUGAAAGCUUUUUUUGAUCUUCUGCAAUCUAUGGGGACGGUGAAGAAGGAGUUCGCUGUACCGCCGGUGGUUUUCCCAUCGGGCGGUAACCCCAAUCUUCAGCAAAGGCGGGUGGCCACGGCGCCGUUUCAGCCUCCUCGGUCGACUGGCUCCAGUAUUCCGUUCAUGUCCUUCGACAUCGGAUCCGCCGCCGCUGCUUCCACCUCCUCCGCCGGCAUCUACGGUGGUCCUAUCGGUGGUGGGUCUCUCCCUGGCGGCGCUAAUUUCGAAGACGAAGAACCACUCCUCGAUGAGCUCGGGAUCCACCCGGAUCAAAUCUGGAAGAAAACUAAGUCGAUCCUGAAUCCGUUCCGGGUCAAACCAGAUGUGCACAAGGACUCGGACUUGUCCGGACCGAUUCUCCUUUACAUGUUCUUCGGCCUCUUUCAGUUGCUCGCCGGCAAGAUCCAAUUUGGGGUGAUACUGGGAUGGAUCGUGGUUUCUUCGAUCUUCUUGUACGUUGUGUUCAAUAUGUUGGCUGGACGAAAUGGCAAUUUGAACCUUCACACAUGCACUAGCGUUGUUGGGUACUGUAUGUUGCCCGUCGUGGUUUUGUCGGCGGUGUCCUUGUUCCUUCCGCAGACGGGCAUAGUGAGAUUCGCAGUCGCCGGAGUUUUUGUGUUGUGGGCGACGAGGAUUUGUACGAGUCUUAUGGUUUCUCUUGCUGAUGGUGGGGAUGAGCACCGUGGGUUGAUAGCGUAUGCUUGUUUUUUGAUUUUCACUCUGUUUUCGCUGUUAGUUAUAUUUUAGUUCUAAUCCAAAUGCAGCUUUGUGAUUAGUAUUGACAUUCUUUGUUGAACAUGAAAAAGGAAAAAAGAAAACUUUUGGUACUGAAAUUUUUGUUACUAUAUUGAUUGCUUGAAGUGAGUUAGAGUUUGGGAAACUUGAUGUAGUAAAUGGAAAUCCUUUUAAUUUAAUUUCUUUUUUUGUA